AGAAAAAUGAAAGAAAAGCCAGGUUAGAGUUGAAGGAAGAUACAACACUUUAAAUCCAAUCUUCCUCCUACUGUCCAAAUUCGUGUGAAGAUGUUGGUCUUAUCCUGCGCUAGACCAGUUUAUCCUACGCUCUCUCUCUCACCUUCAAGACCCAAAUGUACAGCAAUUCGUUCAAGCUUGAGUAAUGUUCACCCUUUUGUACCAGAGGUUGCAAAAGCUGCAGAUUCUUUGAGCUCUGAAUUCAGAGGUGUGGAUAAUUUGGUCGCUUGCAAUUCCUCCCGUGUUCUUAAAGCUUUUCAAAAUGCUAGGGUUGGAUCUCAUCACUUUGCUGGGUGUACUGGCUAUGGGCAUGAUGAAGCUGGUGGACGAGAAGCACUGGACCAAGCAUUUGCGGAAAUUGUUGGGGCUGAGUCUGCAAUAGUGCGUUCACAGUUCUUCUCAGGUACUCAUGCUAUCACUUGUGCACUGUUUUCUUUUCUAAGGCCUGGGGAUGAGCUUUUGGCAGUGGCUGGUGCACCUUAUGACACAUUAGAGGAAGUUAUUGGAAAGAGGGAUUCUCAUGGAUUGGGCUCCCUGAAAGAUUUUGGAGUGAUGUAUCGGGAACUUCCUCUUGCUGAAGAUGGUGGACUUGACUGGGAUGUGCUCACCAGUGCUUUGAGACCUUAUACAAAAUGUGCUCUCAUACAGAGGUCAUGUGGGUAUUCAUGGCGUCGGAGUUUAAGUGUAGAAGAGAUAGGAAGAGCAAUAAAGAUAAUUAAGAUGCAGAACCCAAACUGCUUGGUCAUGGUGGAUAAUUGCUAUGGUGAAUUUGUUGAAAGCAUUGAGCCUCCAAUGGUGGGUGCAGAUUUGAUUGCUGGAAGUUUGAUAAAGAAUCCUGGUGGAACUGUCGCACCAUGUGGUGGAUAUGUUGCCGGGAGAAAAAAAUGGGUUGAUGCUGCAGCAGCUCGUCUAUCAGCACCGGGCCUAGGAGUUGACUGUGGCUCAACCCCUGGCGAUAUCAUGCGUGCCUUUUUUCAGGGUUUGUUUCUUGCACCGCAAAUGGUUGGUGAGGCAAUUAAGGGAACCUUUCUGGUUGCUGAAGUUAUGGCUUCAAAAGGGUAUAAGGUGCAGCCUCUUCCUCGAGUCCCCCGCAGUGAUACAGUACAGGCAGUGCAGCUUGGAAGCCGUGAACUUCUCCUUGCUUUCUGUGAAGCUGUCCAGAGAAGCUCCCCCGUAGGUUCGUUCACCAAGCCAGUUGCUGGUACAACUCCAGGUUAUGCAUCAGAGGUUAUUUUUGCUGAUGGAACCUUCAUUGAUGGAAGUACAAGUGAACUCUCAUGUGACGGUCCAUUAAGAGAACCAUACGCAGUGUUUUGCCAGGGUGGUACUCACUGGACUCAAUGGGGAUUAGUUCUGGGUGAUGUUCUGAAAUCUCUCUGAUAUGAAAAUUGAUUUUUUGAGCAAAUACAAGGAAGAUAUCUCGGCAUCGGACUUUGUACAUUUGGUGGCAUUAUCAGCAGAAUUUCUUGUCAGAAUUUUUGCUUGAAUAUGGACUCCAGGUUCGAUCGAUCUGGAACUUUUGAGAUGAACACAGGUAACUAAUGAUUUUGUGACGACCUCAUGAGAUCACUGGUACUUCUUUUUCCGGAGUAGGUUUAUGGUUUAUUAUUCGGAGUUCUUCUCAAAACGCAAGGGAAAAAACCAAGAAGAUUUUUAGUGCAAAACAUCAGGAGAUGGAUGUUGGACGAACUUUAAAUGUUCAUUCGGUGUUCAUGUAUGUUUUAUUGUGAAACAAUGAAUGUAAGACUAAAUUUUGACAAAUGGAAUUAACAAAUUCUGCUUUAAUAAGAUUAUCAUAUUUUUGAAAGAA